UCAAUGCGUUUGUGGACUGUGAAUUGUCACAGAGGGAUCAACUACCACGGGUGAACAAGAAAGAUAGCUCAGAGGAGCCUAGCAUGGCCGCUGCUCGGUGCUCCUCGUUCCCUGCUCUCUGCGUGGUGGUAGUAGUAGUGGUACUCAUCGGCGGCUGUGGCGCUGCGUCCGGCGCGGACGAAGAAGGGCUCAUCCACCUUCACUUCUACUUCCAUGAGGUCAACGCCGGCACGCCCAACGCCACCGUCCUCAACGUCGCCAGCCUGCACAAGAACUCGUCCACGUUCGGGGACCUGAACGUGUUCGACAACGCGCUGCGGGCGGGGCCGGACCCGGCGUCGCGGUUGGUCGGCAGAGCGCAGGGCCUGGCGCUCCACGCGUCGCUGGACGAGUCCGGCGGGCUCACGGCCAUCACCUUCGCCUUCUCCGACUACGGCGCGUACAGCGGCAGCACGCUGGCGACGCUGGGCCACAUCGGGGUGUCUGGCCCGGCGGAGCGGAGCAUCGUCGGCGGCACGGGCAAGCUCCGGUUCGCGAGAGGGUACAUGGUCAGCAGCCUCCUCAGCUCCACGAACACCUCCAUCGUCGUCGUCUUUGACAUGUACUUCACCCUGGGUCGCUGAUUCGCACGCGCGCGGAGCGAGUGGAGUACAAGGUGUACAUUUCGAAGCAAAGCUGUUGGGGAGUUGCUGUCAUACAGUACAUGUACCCAAGCAAUCAAUCCUGCAGGCCUGCUGAUACGUUGCCAAUAAUCAAUCUUUCUCUAAUUAAUACAGGUGGGUUUGUGCUGGA